GCGAGGGAGAAGGUUGGGCGCUCCCGGGCGCCGCUGCCGCCGCGAUGCUGCCUUGGCGGGCGGAAGUGGGCUGGGGCGCCGACGGAGCCGAGCUGCCUGCGGGCGCGCUGCUGCCACACCGAGAGCUCGGCCCCGCGAGCCGCCGACAUCCCGCCGCGCCCGGAGCAGAUAACUUGAGGAAAAUGGAAACAGAUGAGGCUCAAGAUAUGUCCCAAGUUUCAGGAAAAGAAAGUCCUCCGGUAAGCGAUGUCCCGGAUGAUUCUGAUGAGCCCAUGCCCGUGCCAGAAGAUCUUUCCACCAGCACAGGAGGACAGCAGAAUUCUCGCAGCGAGAGAGUUUUGGCCAGUAAUAUUAAAAUAGAGACACAGAGUGAUGAAGAGAAUGGGCGUGCCUGUGAAAUGAAUGGGGAAGAAUGUGCGGAGGAUUUACGAAUGCUUGAUGCCUCUGGAGAGAAAAUAAAUGGCUCACACAAUGGGAGCAAAGCCAUGUCAGGAGUUGGAGGCAUUCGACUCCCUAACGGAAAGCUAAAGUGUGAUGUCUGUGGGAUAAUUUGCAUCGGUCCCAAUGUUCUUAUGGUUCACAAGAGGAGCCACACUGGCGAACGCCCCUUCCAUUGUAAUCAGUGUGGGGCAUCCUUUACUCAGAAAGGCAACCUUCUCCGUCACAUAAAGUUACACUCUGGUGAAAAGCCGUUCAAGUGCCACUUGUGUAACUAUGCUUGUCGUCGUAGAGAUGCUCUUACGGGCCACCUGAGGACCCAUUCUGUUGGCAAGCCCCACAAAUGUGGAUACUGUGGUCGCAGCUACAAACAGCGCAGCUCUUUGGAAGAACAUAAAGAGCGUUGCCACAACUAUUUGCAAACCAUGAACCUCUCAGGCAGCCUCUACCCGGUCAUGAAAGAUGAAACCAGCCAGAGCGAAAUGGCUGAAGACCUGUGCAAGAUGGGGUCAGAGCGAUCCCUUAUGUUGGACAGACUAGCAAGUAACGUCGCCAAACGUAAGAGUUCUAUGCCUCAGAAAUUUGUUGGUGAAAAAUGUGCAAAUGAUGUUCCUUAUGAUGCAACCACCAAUUUUGAGAAGGAGAAUGAUAUGAUGCAGACCCAUGUCAUAGACCAGGCUAUUAACAACGCCAUCAGCUACCUGGGGGCAGAGUCCUUGCGCCCGCUGGUGCAGACCCCACCAGGAGGCUCUGAAGUAGUGCCUGUCAUCAGCCCCAUGUAUCAGCUUCAUAAGUCCCUUGGGGAGACCAACCUGGCUCGAUCCAAUCAUGCCGCGCAGGACAGCGCGGUGGAAAACCUGCUACUACUUUCUAAAGCCAAAUCCAUUUCUUCAGAAAGGGACCCUUCACCCAUCAACAGUCAAGACUCCACUGAUACAGAGAGUAAUAACGAAGAACGCAGCGGCUUAAUUUACCUAACAAAUCACAUAGCACCCCAUGCACGGAACGGUCUCUCGAUAAAGGAAGAACACCGGCCGUAUGACCUCCUAAGGGCAAACAGUGACAGCUCCCAAGAUGCCUUCAAAGUAAUCAAUGGCAAUGGAGAGCAAGUGAAAGUUUACAGAUGUGAACAUUGUCGGGUCCUGUUCUUGGAUCAUGUAAUGUACACCAUCCAUAUGGGCUGCCAUGGGUUCCGCGAUCCUUUUGAGUGUAACAUGUGUGGCUACCACAGCCAGGACAGGUACGAGUUCUCCUCCCACAUCACCCGAGGAGAACACCGCUACCACAUGAGUUAA